AUGCAGUGGAGGCGAAUCGCUGAGUAUCUCCACCUAGAAAAACUGUGCACCCGUCUGAUCCAUCACCGCUUCUUCUGCGAUCCUCCAUAUGCCGACGUACCCAAGCCCCGGCGGGACAAAUCGGAGAGGAAGCCGUAUGUUAGUCCCGUAACAGAGUUGAUUCGCCGGGCUAGGAAAGAGCGAGAAUCCAGAAAGGCACAUCCCGUGAGAAUGCUCGAGGACCCACCUCACAACGGCUUGUCGGUCCCUGAACUCGUUCACGUCGCUCAUCGGGUUUAUCUAGCUCGCUAG